AUGGCCACAACAGCAAGCAAGGACGUUGAGAAAGGUGAUUACUUCAAGAACUUCUUCGCACAAAGUCUUCGAGAUGCGCCAGCCUUCCGAGAUGAAACCUCGCAAGUUUUCGGGAAGAUUACACAGAUGAUGUCUGGAACCGAAGAGCUGUACAUCUUUGCUGUUACCUGCGACAACGACACGAAAUUUUGCAGGAAACAGAGUUACUAUGCACACAUGGGCGACGAUAGGAGGACAAUGAACUUUUGCGACCGUUUUUUUGCUACGGAUGGUGAUAUCAAAGCAACUAACGACAGAGCAAAGGAGUGUGAUUCGAUGACUCUCAGGGAAGCUCACCGAUCCAAAGCAGCCCUUCUUGUUCACGAAACGACACAUACUCGAUAUGCCAUGCUCUACGAGGACCCCACUGACAAAUAUGCCAGAAGUCUCGACUACGCGUAUGGCUUUGCUGCAUGUUACCAGCUGGCUCGCGGUCUCUUUGAUCGUGGUUGUACCGUGUACAAGAAUGAUAAGAAUCCACUCUGCGGUAACACCGAAGGAAAGGACGGUCUAUGCGACGAGAAGAGGUCAGGCACUAACGCCGAUUCUUAUGCGCUCACUGCUGCUGGCAUCUACUUCAGUGAUAAGUGCAACAAGGCGAUACCAUUACCACCGCUCCCGGGACCACUCUUCACAUUUGAACCGACCCCAACGCUACCUCCAGCCACUCCCGCUGCAAGCGAGGGAACAUCAGUUGUUUCAGGCACUCCUAUUCCAGAGGUUUUGCGACGCCGUGACCAAAUUGAAGCUCCGUAUGCCAGGGCUGAUUGUCCAAUCUACGAUGACACCAUAUUUGACGAUCCUAGGCAGGAGAUUGUAGGGUACGUUCACUUUGGUGAUUCUUAUGGUGCUGGUAUGGGUACUGGAACCACCAGCGGAGACGCUUGCAGAGUAGGCGAAAACAACUUCGGGGAUUUGCUUUACAAGUCAUGGAAUGAUAAAGGCAUUCCUUAUGAGCGAAAAGUGUGCUCCGGUGACACUAUCAAGGGACUGAAUCGCCAAAUUGACGAAUGGGUAGACUCAAAUGGAACCAACGUUGGCACUGUCUCCAUCGGCGGUAACGACGUUGGGUUUAGCGAUCUGGUUUACGAUUGCAUAAUUACCCCCAAUACAGCACGCUGGGGCUCGACGAUGCGAGCGCUCUGUACAGAUGUUGAGAAAAAAGCUCGAGACAUGAUGAGCGAUCAGGGAUCGGAUGGGAUGAAGUCCAAGCUAAAAGCCGCCUAUCGAAGGAUCCUGAAGAAGUCUGGUAGAUCAGACUUCCGACUCUACGUCACAAGCUACGUUGAAUUUUUCAACACUGCUACAACUGACUGUGACAAAUCAACAUUCCACUACUGGUGGGCUGGCUACAAUCCAUCCUCAGACCCGUUCUUCAACCGCAUUGUCUACCUCAAGCAAGAUCUGCGUGUUGAGAUUGAUGAUCUAGUAAAGGAUCUCAACAAAGUCAUCGAAUCAGCAGUCACGGAAGCAAACAAGGAACACGGUGGUUACCAGAUCAAUUUCGUCGACGUCAACGCCCGCUUCAACGCACAUCGCUGGUGCGAGCAAGGCGACUGGCACGAGCCCGCGCCAGAAGUCGACAGCACAUGGCUCUUUCUCAGUGGCUGGCCUGAUGUCUCGAUUGAAGGGUCCAGCGUAAACACCGCAGCCAUUGAGACGGCUGAAAUCAAGCAAAUUAUCGAUGCAGGGCGCAUACCUCUUCCAGAUGCCGAUUGCAGGAAAACUCUAGACUCAGACGCGGAUCCCUACCUACGUUCGUUGUGCUAUUACGCCGAGGCUGUGGCAGAAAGCAGCAACGGAACAGAAGCGACAUAUCUUGCCGAAGCAAAUGCACAGAUCGAGAGUAAAAAUGUGACGAGUCAGCACAUUGGAUGGUUCACACCAACACGGCAGGUUAAAACCUUUCAUCCGAGAAGUCCGGGUAUGGUAGCGUACAAAGACGCGAUUGUGGAGAGCAUCGAGCAAGUGGGACAAGUUUAG